AUGGCUUCAAUGCUACCAACUCGAGCGGCCAGGACCAUCGCCUGUUCCGCAUGCCGCACUAUCGUUUGUCCUAGCACGAUUGGAUCCGCCUCCCUCCUCCGGCGUGGUCUGUCGACAUCUACCGAGCAGACACCAGUCGAUUAUACAGACAAGCCCCGAUGGUCCUAUACUCCGCCUCGUGCAAAAGCUCCCUUCAGCUUGCGAUUGAAUACUAAGCGGCGUGAAUACCCCGUGAACGCCGAUCCGAAGGUCCUUGAUGAAUUCUACAUCCGCAUGCUGGGCAAUGAUGGUGACAAGCUCCUUUCGGACGAAAUCAAGUGGCUUGCUGUGACGCACAAGAGUUUCGAUCAGGGUCGGAGAGGGUUUAACGACCGUCUGGCUUUCUUAGGACGACGGAUCGUUGAGCUACAGGCUUCUUUGGCCAUGGUGCAGAGCCCCGGAAGUGCGGCAUCCACUGCUGCCCCCGAUGCGUUUGACCGUGCGCCCUUUACGCACCCGGCAUUGGAUGGCCUGGAGAACCUCACCCGCCGCAAGAAUUUCUUGAUAGGCAAAGCACAGAUUGCGGAGGUUGCGCAGAAGUAUGAGCUGCAGAAGGUCCUGAGAUGGAGUCCUCGGAAGCCCAACAAUCUUGCUAGUUCCGGAGUCGAACUUGUUCUUGCCCAUACAAUGUAUGCGAUCGUCGGUGCCAUUUCCCUUGAGAAGGGCGGUCUCGUUGCCAACAAGGUGACACGCGAGCGGAUAUUAGAACCUUUGGGAUUCAAGGCUUAA